AUGUGUUUAUGGUCUAUGUGUAAUGAGUAUUCAGAUAUGGGGCGUAUCUUACUGUUCGUUCUAGCCACUGUGCUACUUAACUCAUAUUAUGUAGCUGCUAGGAGUCUACGCUAUUCUAGUUAUCCAUUCCCGUUAGUGACCCGUGAGGAAUGGGGGGCGGAGCCCCCUCUAGGCGUGACGCCUCUGUCCUUGCCCGCGCAGUACGUGGUCAUCCACCACAGUUACCAGCCGGGCGUGUGUUUGACCAAGGCCGAAUGUGUAGGGGCUAUGAGGUCUAUGCAGAGGUUCCAUCAGGUCGACCAAGGUUGGGGCGAUAUUGGAUAUAACUUUGCCGUGGGCGGUGAAGGGUCCGUGUAUGAAGGCCGUGGAUGGAGCGCCGUGGGAGCCCACGCAAUCGGCUUCAACUCCAUCAGUAUUGGCAUCGUCUUCAUUGGGGAUUGGAGAACUGAGCUGCCCCCUCCACAGCAACUGGCAACGACACAAGCCCUGAUCCGCGAAGGCGUCUCCCUCGGGAUCAUCAGCCCAGACUACAAGCUGGUGGGCCACCGCCAGGUCAUGAACACGGAGUGCCCUGGUGGCGCCCUCUACAGACAUAUCCAGCAGUGGAAACAUUACGUGCCGGAGUUUGUGUUGCCGGUGCCGGCACCGUUAGAAUUAUUUUAUAUUGUGGCUGCUUCGAUUCAUAUAAAGUGUGUUGGGCCUCGAAAUAUGGAUGUGAUUUAUAUGAUAGUACUUCUAGGAGCCGUGGAGAUGAGGGAUGCGUACCCAGCCAGUGUCGUCGGACAUUAUGAAGAAAACGAACUAUCUUUAUACGAUUUUCCAUACAAAAGCCGAAGAGAUUGGGGUGCUAGACCAUCUGCACACGAACUUACUCCUCUAAACAUUACCUUGCCGUAUGUGGUCAUACACCACUCAUACAUACCACCGGCGUGUUAUAGUAAUAAAGAAUGUGUUAACGCCAUGCGAGCCAUGCAAAAUAUGCAUAUAGACAAGAAUAAUUGGUGGGAUAUUGGGUACCAUUUCGCCGUGGGCAGCAAUGGCGUAGUGUAUGAGGGCAGGGGGUGGGGCAAGCUGGGUGCGCACGCGCUGCAUUUCAACAGCGUCUCCGUCGGGAUCUGCCUCAUUGGAGACUGGAGACAAAUAACACCAACACCGGCACAAGUGAAGUCUGCACAAAAGCUGAUACAAGCAGGAAUAAAACUGGGCCACAUAAAACCAGACUAUAAAUUGGUGGGGCACAGGCAAGUCCGGGACACGGAGUGCCCAGGAAAUGCUCUGUUCAAUGAAAUCCAGGCGUGGCCGCACUACGUCUCGUUUCCUAGAUCACACUUGGACCUUUUGGAUGUCCCGGAACUGUCGGAAGAAGUCAAGGAAAUAAUUAGAAAAGAACAAUCGCCGCAUUGAGACUUGUGGCUCUCGUCGCGUUCCCUACUACUAAUGGGUCAUGGUUUACUAAACACGAGACAUACCAGAUGGAAACUUACGAGUCAAGAGCUUUGUAUAGUAUUCUUAGAACGGGAAAUAAUUACCUAUUUUGAUUCUUCUUUAUAUAGUUUCCAAUCGUAGACAAAGAUAACUAAAUACUUCGUCAUAUACUUUCUUUCGCUCAUGCAAGAAAGAGAAAUGCGUAAUAGGAAUACACUAGAGGAGAAAACCCUUUGUUGCCCGUGGCAUAGCUCUAUGAUUUUUUGUCCCUCAUGAAGUGCUUAUAUAAGUGUUAAUAACACCUAUAUUGCCGCUUUGUAUAAGAAGCUAAGGUCGGGAAGUUGAAUGGAAAUUCUCUCAUUUAACUACGCGCUAACUUUUUUAGUUUUAUUUAUCUUUGAUACCAAUGAUUUAUUACAAUUUGAUGCAUCCGGUUAGUUGUCGAAUGCGAAUAACAGAGUUGUACUCACGGGAGUACUGUAAGGAAUAACAAAAUAUCAAGGUGCUCCUAGAUUCUAUAAGAUAGUUUUCCUGAUCUAGAUCUGAUGUUCCACUGGCUCAAUGUUGCAGGGAAAGAAUUCCUCAUUGAUUCUGCAUCAAAUGUGGCAUAAGAAAAUCGUAUCUCGACCUUGUUGUCUUCGGGUUGUGAAAUAGAUACCAUCCCCAUCUAUACAAACCAUUUCAUAUUUAAAGUUAAAUAUUUAAUGAACAAAAGUUCCUAUCUUUGUUUAUAGUUAGGCAAGCAAUUGUACGUAAAUUGUAAAUAAUAUAAGGGGUGGGAGGUUUAGAUCUAAUUAUGGCUUAGUAUUUCCUAUGUUUAUACAGAGUACAACAUAAAUUCAUAUAAUAAUACUGUAGUGAAGGACCUCUGAAUCCAGAGAUGAUGAGGUAAUUUUUCUUUUUUCUUUUAUUUUUAGGUGGGAAAUAAAUGUUUUUUGAGGUCCCUUUUUUGCAUAAUUUAUUUUGUCUUAUUGUUCUUUGGCAUACCGGUUUUGGAAUAAUAGAUCUAAGGCAUAAUUGAUUUUUGGUAUACCGGUAAAUGUAGCACACUUAAUUAACUAUUAAGUUAGGUUAGUUAUGCUUCAAAUUAGUAGUUAUGCUGAAAACGUUAUGCGUAAGAUACCUUUAUUGACAUAAUGAUUUUUAAGCAUAAUGUGUUUAAAUUCAAUACGCUAUAUAAUUACGUUAUGAUUAAAUUUCAAUGCUUAUAGAUAUAUUUUCAAAUGACACGGGUAAAACACACGCCUACAUAUAAUUUUAAAUAAGAUAACAAAUUUAAAUAGUUCUCUCUAUUUAUUAAGUAGAACAAUUUUAAAUAUAUUGUUUUCAAAAUA